UUUUCGUUAUCAGCUAGUGGUCGGGUGGAGAAGGAGAAUAGCGACAACUCAAGAGGAAGAAAUAAUGUCUCAUUCGACUCAAUUCAUGUUCCUGCUAGCGUCCUUUUCUUUAAAGCAAUCGGGGUAGUGAAACUUUCAAAGUGCGGUGUUGGCACUGACUGAAUCCGAAAUGGCCGAAGUGAACAACGAUAAACAGAAAGUUGCCCUUAUCACAGGGAUUACAGGGCAAGAUGGCUCGUAUUUGGCAGAGCUGUUAUUGGAAAAAGGAUACGAUGUUCAUGGAAUCGUACGACGUGCUAGCACUUUCAACACCACCCGCAUUGAACAUCUGUAUUCCAAUCCAGAAGCCCACACGGAGGGUAAAAUGAAGUUACAUUAUGGUGAUCUCACGGAUAGUAGUUGUUUAGUCAAACUCAUCAGCAAAAUUCGUCCGCAAGAGAUUUAUAAUCUUGCUGCCCAAAGUCAUGUCAAGACAAUAAAGUAUGACGGGAAGCCUGCUACACUGGAAACUGAGAGACCCAUUUCUGCAGCUUCAUCAUCUAUAUGCAUGUCAAUUGUUCUAUCAGCAAGAAAAAGCGAACAGAUCUCAUUCGAUUUAAGUGAAUACACAGCGGAAGUUGAUGGACUUGGCACUCUCCGUUUACUAGAUGCCGUGCGUACAGCUGGUCUAGAAGACUCUGUGAAAUUGUACCAAGCUUCGACUUCUGAAAUGUAUGGCAAAGUUGUUGAAACGCCUCAAAAAGAAACUACACCUUUUUAUCCAAGGUCCCCAUAUGCUGCAGCCAAACUCUAUGCAUAUUGGAUCGUUGUAAAUUAUAGAGAGGCUUACAAUAUAUUUGCUGUUAAUGGGAUCAUGUUCAACCACGAAAGUCCAAGAAGAGGCUCAAAUUUUGUCACUAGGAAAAUCACAAGAUCGGUUGCUAAAAUUUACCUCGGAUUACUUGAGUUCGUAGAGCUUGGAAACCUUGAUUCCAAACGAGAUUGGGGUCAUGCCAAAGAUUAUGUCGAGGCCAUGUGGAUGAUGCUUCAGUUGGAAAAGCCAGAGGACUUUGUCAUUGCGACAGGAGAAUCGCACAGUGUUAGGGAAUUUGUCGAGGUAGCAUUUUCACUAAUCGGCCAGAGGAUAGUUUGGCAAGGUUCAGGUGUGAAUGAAGUAGGCAUUGAGGAAGCUACAAAAAUUGUCCGAGUCAAAGUCAAUCCUAAAUAUUUUCGUCCUACAGAAGUGGACCUCUUACUGGGUGACGCAACCAAAGCUAGGGAGAAGUUCGGAUGGAAACCCAGGGUCAACUUUCAGGAGCUCGUGAAGGAUAUGGUCGAGGCCGACAUCGAAUUGAUGAAACGGAAUCCUACUGCGUGAGGAGCAGCAGUUCAAACUAUAUGCAACACUGUGAUAGACGUACAUUCUACUAUUAUACUUAUCAUUUCAUCAGUUCUGCGUUCCAGUCGGGUAAAUCUGUAUCGAUACUAAGUAAAAUCGUAGGGAUUCGUAUUCACGGAAAAUCUUAGUCAGUUAUGCCAAUGAUAACUGCCGGUCCGUCGCAUGAUAAAACUUAAGCAAAACCAGUCGUAAUUCACCUCUUAAUCAUAAGCUAACUUAUUUCUCCAGUGACGAAGUUACGCUAAAAUUGUACCGGAGGUCCUAAAUUAUGCAGAUUUUUUCACCUCACAUCAAUGAUUUAAGCUUGUCUAUUGAAAAUUAAGAAAAGCUCUGCUUGUGGAGUGUAUAACAAUUAAUUACUGUAUAAGUUUACGGUAACACGAAUGUGUAUCGCUUCAAUCGUUAACUGAAUUAACAAGGAGAGAAUAAGGGAAAAACCUGACAUAGCCGUGUCAGUAGCCUGUUGCAGGCAAAAAUCGCAGCAAGUACAAACCAAAGCUCUCCCUUACAUGUUUCCUCUUCAAAAUUUUACGUGGAAUACUAUUCUUAUACAUGUUCAAGAAUCCUCUCCUUAAGAAUAUGUAUAAGUAUCUAUAAUUAAUGCAAGUUAACUGUCGACAAUAAAAGUGAAGUCGUUUGUGUAAGUUUUAUUUUAUUCAAUCAGAGUAUCAGUACUUUACUCAAGAAUUGAUUCUUGAACUUCCAGUUAUGCAUUAAUCACCUUCCAUGUCAAAUUUUUUUGAGAAAACAUGGAACGUGGUACUUUAAUUUAUAUUUCGUCUCGUCGUCUUUUGGAAGAUUUUACGUGUAACAAAGUGGCGUGAAAUAUCCAUGACUUUGAGGAAAAUGCGGUUAAAUAUGUAAAAUUACAUAAAAAAUCACGACAAAAACGAGCCUUGAACUCGAAUGUCGAGGCAAAAAAUAAGCUCCAAAUUGCUCAAAUUUUUCACAGUGUAUACCCUGAGACAAUAUUUCCCUGAAAAUGGCCACUAUCUUAAUUUUUUGAAGAAUGUCGCCUAAAUCAUCAUCCUUGAUUCCUUUUAAGAUUCAGUGAAUCGACGCAGAAACAGAUUCGCUUUCAUAUGGAUCACAAACAUAGUAAAUCUUCCAAAAAUUAAUCACAGUGAACAGUUGGAGAACUUUACUUCUUGAUGUACAACGUGUCCACCGCAACAAUGCAGUGAGGCUGCAGUGAAUUUUCCGAACAAGAGAAAUUAAGUUUCACAACAUAGUUGGAGCUAAGACUCAUUAGAUGAAAAAAAGUCGAUGAAUUUUCAAUAUUUUCCGUGUCGAGGGAAAAAAAGAAGACCGGCGUGUAUUUUUUCUUUCUUAUUAAUUGUAACUGUCAAAUCUUUCCCUCGCUGAUCAUUGCUGUUCGACGACUAAAUGCUUUCAAGAUGGGUUAUUGGAAUGCCUCUGCGAUGUUGCAUCUAAUGUAAUUUAAUUCUCCAAUCACUGCUCAGUAUGUAAUUUAGGUUAGAUCAGUAGCCCGAACUUAUAUAAGGUGCUAAUGCACAUCACUAUUAUACGUCGCAUUUAGUUCAAUUUCUCUUCAUGUAUUUCGUUGUGCAAUUUAGUUUUAUAAUGUUAUCAUAAAUUUUAUUAUCUUGGGUAAUUGCUUUAUUAACUGUCCAUUCUGUAUCGAAUGAGGAAAAUCAAAGGCGCACAUUGGGUCGAGUCAAUGGGAGAUGUGGGACGAAAUUCGAAAAGUUUAAAAGCUCGUAACUCCAUCUAUUCAAACUUUGAGGUUUUGAAAGUGGUUCGAUUGGUUUGCCUCGUGAAAUUUCCCUUCAGAGGCACCCCUUGAACGUUAAAAUUUGACGAAUUAAACAUCAAAAUUUGCAGUUUUAGUUAAAAAUUGCAUGUCCAACCUCUCUAAUUGACUCGAGCCACUGUGUGGCGGCGCGAUUAAAAAUGUCAGUAGAGAGGAGAAAAGGGAACAGAAAAAGUUGAAGGAUCAUCCCAAAUCGUUGCUCAGUCGCCUUUAUUCUGUAAAACGCUCAGGUUUUGAGCUUACCUUUUGAAGCUAAUCAUUUGUACCGUAUAGAUUUUACUAUCUACUUUAUUUUUUAUUCAAAUAAUAGAUUUUAUUGACUUACGCAUGAAAUUGAAUCAUGAGAUGCGUCGUCGCACAAAUACAAAAAAAAA